GAAGAUCGACGAGGUCAAGAUUGAGAAACAGACGAAUGUAUUAUUGUCGCACGCAUACAUGGUGUACUGUGAACACAGACAGCAGCGUGAAUGUGGCUGAUAUAUUUCUCCUGUAUACUGAUCGGCAAUUGACAAUAUGGACAAUGUCGUAUCUGUAAGAUGGAGUGAUGCUGGAGUAGUAACGUGGCGAACCAAACCAGUAGCCUGAAAUAUUCUUAAAUGAUUGAACACGCAGUCAUCCUAACGACAUGUCAUCUCGAUUAUACUUCCUGGCCGUCUGUUUCGGUUGUCUCAUUGUCGCGGCAAUAAUCAGUUUCACACGAAUUUACUCUGUCAUCUGCCAUAGAAGUGAAUCAGUACUCAACUACCAAGGGAAGUCACUUGCUUUGAAGCAGCAACAAAGGCAGCAUCCUCAAGGAGGAGUUGAUUCUUCCAGUGGUGACAGGUGCUAUACGAUCUCCUCUGACUGGGUGCAGCAUUUGAAACCAAACAAUGAAUUAAAUUCACUUGGAUGUAAACAGAAAUUACCCAAAGUACUCAUCAUCGGCGCUAGAACAUCAGGUACUCGAACUCUUAAUAGGCUUUUAGGAUUCCACCCACAGCUUGCUACUGCAGCUUACGAAGUGAAAUUCUUCGAUAAGAACUUUAAUCGUGGAUUAGAAUGGUACAAAAGUCAAAUGCCUUUCAGUUUGCCCGGUCAAUUAACAGUAGAGUCAACAGAAGGUUAUGUGUAUCAUCGGAACGCUUCUUUAAGGGUUUCAAAGACUCUUGGAGAUGAUGUCAAAAUUAUCAUGAUGUUGCGUGAUCCUGUAGCAAGGUCUAUUUCUGACUAUCUUCUAACUCAUCAACGGAUCCACGAUUCUAAAAUGACUUCUUCACACUUCAAGCGUGUCUUUAAAGAAUCUCGAUCAAUAGAUCGUCUGCUCGUCAGUGGUAAAGGUAAGCAUGGCAGGAGAGGUUCAACAAAGAUGUCUUACACUGUAGAAAAUACUUUCGAAAAAACAGUUCUGAGAAGCCCUGAUCAAGUCUCACAUAAAAACAUUUUCAUAGCUGAUAGUCUGUAUGUGUACUACUUGAGGAGUUGGAUCAAGAAAUUAAUGGCAAACCAUGUCCUUACGGUAAACGCAGAAAUAUUUGCCAGAAAACCAUAUGAAGCCGUGGCUAAAGUCGAAGAAUUUCUCGGUGUAAAACCAUUUUUCAAACCUGAUUACUUCAGGUUUGAUAUGAAUACCAGUACAUUCUGUCUUCAAAAACCACAGUCAAUAUGUAUGCCACGCUUGCAUGUGGAUUACCCAGUGAUUAGCGAGGUUACCAUAACAAAACUUCGGGGACAUUUUGAGAACAGUUGUCGAUAUCUUUUUCUUCUCCUAAAACAUUACGUGGAACUUAUAGGGGAUAUUCCCCUUAAUUACCACCCUAUUGAGUAAUUAAGAUCUGAUAUCCCUUCUCUUCUAUGGUUCGAAUGGAACCUACAUUGUUGAAAUUUGUAUAUUUGGCUGUAAAUAAUUUUCUAAACUAAUUUAUUAUACAAAAAAUGCAUGCCUGUGAAUUGCCAACAUUAUGUUGCAUCUCAAAAGUGCCAAGCAACGGUAAUUAUAUAUAUGGGAGCUUUAUUAAACUGGGUAUGAAAAUUCAAUACCGGGGACGAAUGUAUUGGUAUAAAAAAAAUGCACAAAAUGCACUCACAAAUAUUUUACCAAGCGAAUCAACAAAUUCACAUAAAAUAUUUCAUUUCAUUUGUUUUUGCAACUGUUUCAUUAACAAAUAUAUGGAAUAAACAGAGUAUGAAUGUUUGAUUUUAUUAAAGAUAAAAUGUUUAUCAUUGCUCGUGUCAAAACAAUGAACAUGCAUACAGGUAACUCUGCCUAAGUCAACCUCCAGAAAUCAAAUAGUCGCCUAAGAAAUUUUUUAGACUUGAUUAUUAAAAAAACAUACUUCUUCUAAGUCGAAUUUGCCUAAAUCGAACAGAUAGGCAGAGUUGCCUGUAGUUAACUCUGAAUGAGAAGUAUAUAUA